AUGUCUGCCACUGACCUUCCCAAGUUGCCAGUGCCUCACGCAGAGCUGGCACAGUACAUCGCGAACAAUGCAGAUAGGUCCAUGAACGACCUUGUCGAGCCAUACAGACAGUUCGAAGCCCAGCUGCGACAGCUUUACGCCCAAGACCCCCACAAUGAAAUCCUCAAGAACGAGCAUCUCAACGUUCUUCCCUUGUUCAACGACGGGGAGACGUCUGACGUCAAGACUCGUGCCAGGAACCUGGAUGAUGAGCCCGAGACUGAGAAGGACCGAUAUGUCAUGACGCUUCCUAACGAGCAGAGGCGUCCCAACGGGUCGCCUGCUAUUGUUCAGUCCCUGAAGGACUUUCAGCACAAUUUCAACGUCUUUUCGGAGUCAUCGCUUGUGGAUCUUGAUUGGAGCAAUGUUGUUGCUUCCGGCUCGGCUGUCGUCAACACUCUUCUCCCUGUCCCUGAGCGCUAUCGCGAUUCCAAGAGAGCUUUGAGGGAAUUUUACCACGAGAAGUUCUGCCCUGCCAGCGACGUGGACCUCUUCAUCUACGGCUUGACCGAGGAACAAGCAAUUGAGAAGAUUAAGCAGAUUGAAGAAAGAAUUCGUGAUUCAAUUCUGACGGAGACGACGACUGUUCGGACGAAGAAUGCGAUUACAAUUUGUACAAAUUCCCUUGCUUUCUUGACUUCUGGCGAAGGUUGCUUACCGUCGCCCGCGUGGACUGAUUCGGGCCAGAUUGUUUUGCGCAUCUACAAGAAUGUCUCCGAGAUCCUCACGGGCUUUGAUAUCGACUGCUCUGGAGCUGCCUAUGAUGGCAAGCAAGUGUACUGCACCCCGAGAGCCUUGCAGUCGUAUAUUACUCAAAUCAACCAUAUUGACCUCUCUCGCCGGAGUCCGUCUUACGAGAACAGAUUGUCCAAGUAUUCUCAUCGCGGGUUCGAGGUGUACUGGCCCGAGCUUGAUCGUUCACGCAUCGAUCCUACCAUCUUCGAGAGGAGUUUUCAGCGGACUCUAGGCCUGGCAAGACUACUCGUUCUGGAAAGAUUGCCGACGUCGUCCUCAAGAGAUUCAUAUCUCGCCAAGCGCCGUGAGGAACGUGGAAGGCCGCCUCUGCAUCGCCGCUACUUUCACCGUCUUGCCGGCAACAUCAAAGAGAACCACGAAGAUGAGGUCGCAGAGUGGGUGAAUGAGGACGAGGUAUCCAACUAUCACACCUUCACGGUCCCGUAUGGAGUCAAAUUUCAUGCGAAGAAGAUAGAGAAGCUCUGCUAUACAAGAGACCUGUUGCUCAAUGCAGAAUGGAAUCAGCCUAAGGAUCGUGAGGUCUACCUGCAUCGUCACCCCGCCUUUUUCGGUCGCUUCGCAGACGUUAUGAACGAUUGCUGUGGUUUCUGUCCCAAGCCCGAAACAGAUGAGGAGAAAGCGGUCUAUGAAGAAGAAAGUAAAAUCUACGUCUCGGGAAAGAUUUCAUUCAUUCAGGACGAUCCUGGAAGACAGCAAAUUGGAUCCUUCAACCCUCUUACCGAGGAUGACUGGACUGAGAUGGCCUACAUUGGCAACACUGCUCGCCUUUGUCAGGACAUUGUCGAUGGCGAGCUUGAGCACGUCCAAGAUUGGCUUUCUCAAGACGGCGCAGAUCCGAACACUCGCGACCACACAGGCAGGACGCCCCUUCAUCUAGCUGUGACAAGCUCUACCCCGGAAAUUGUGCAGUGUCUUGUGGACCACGGAGCCCGGCUCGUUUCACGGCUAGCCGAUGGCAGAACUGCACUUCACUUGGCUGCUGAGCGAGGCAAUAUCGAGAUUGUCAAAAUCCUCAUGGACAAAAGCACCUCAAACGAGGAGGAAGAAGAGGAGAAGCAAGUUCAGAACCGGAAGGCCAAACCGACAUCAACCUCACCAUCGCCUUCACAGGAAGAAGAAUCCAUGGAGGUGGUUGAUUCGGACAUUGAAAUGGUGAGUGACGCUGAAUCCGACGAUGAUGACGAAAAACAGAGCAUGGCAACCGGGUCUUUUGUCAAAGUCAGGAAGGACGACGAAAGUUCCGCACCCGCUGGAGCGGUGCCAGAGGACAAGGAAGACGACCCAGAUUUCUACGACAUCAACGUCGUGGCUUGGGACACGCCGUGUUCUGCCUUGCACUUUGCUAUCAUUUGUGGACACGAAGAAGUAGUCAAACUGCUCUGUCAAGAGUACGGAGCAGACAUACUGCUUCCUAUCAAAUUCCUGAACGAGGAGAAACAGCCGACAGCCGCAAUUCUGACUUUGGUCUUAUCCACAAAGCUUCCAAUCGAGAAAGCAAAGUUGAUGGCGAAGACCAUAUUGAGCCUCGGUGCCAGCUCUGCUCAAGCCGACUUGCAUGGAUCCACGGCAUUCCAGCGCAUUGUCGAAGAGAAUGCUACCGAACUCGUCGAGGUACUCCUGGCUUUUGACGAGAUCGGGGUCAAGAAUUCGAUCAAUCAUAUAGCCUUCUCCGGCUGGAGUCAAACGGACUCAACUCUCCAAAACGCAAUCAAGGGAGGAGACGUGAGACUCAUCCUGCAGCUUCUCGAUGCAGGUGCAGUGCCACAAAUCAAUUUCGAGACGUGGCUGAAGUCAGCCAAACAAUCCGCCAGUAUGGAAAACCGCCUGAGAUUAUCGCUAGAAGAGAACAUGAAGUUCUUCGAAAGAGAGAAUGAGCAACCAAUCAUCACUGCCAUCCAAUCUUCGAACCCAUCCAUCGUGCUGGAGCUUCUGAAGCGUGGCGCUGAUGUCAACACCAUGACAAAACAAUCUUAUUCGCUCGUGCACACCACAGGCUUUGGCUAUGGAAUCGGACAGACCGCAUUGGACCUUGUUGAAGAGCAGCUCAAUCGUCUACGCAAGUACGAGCCGCCGGUAGCGACCCCACCUGAGCUCAAAUUUGGAAUGGAAGACAUCAUGAAACAGUAUAAGCAAGGCACAUGGCAAUACGCUGCUGUGCGAACGGCUGUUAUCUACGCACAGAAUCGCAACAAGGAAACGCUCGAGAAGUAUGAGAAGGAAAAGGAACGAAUCUCGGCCUUGGAGGGCGUUCAGGAGAAGCAGGUCGCGAUAGACUCGGCUAUCGCCACACUCGAAGAAGUCAAGAGAACCUUGGUCUCAUCUGGUGCGAAGACCUUCCUCGAGCUUCAUCCUGAUCACAAAAACCGUGCAAGUCAUCAAAAUCAUCCGUGGCAGCCAUCAAAGGAACCGCUCGAGUUCUCAUAUGGGUUCCAAUUUUUUGGCGUUUCUGAUGUCACAGAAAGAAGGAGGGAUAAGUACAUCGAACUGUUUGAAGCAGCAUGGUCAGGCGAUCUGGACAAGAUCAAGGCCCUAACUCUGGUCUCUUGGGAUCCUCAGAACAACGAACCACCCUUGCAGAUUGCUGUGAAUGACCGAUCCAACAAUCCAUUCUCGCUGGCGUACAUGCGCGGUCACCUCGAUGUUGCCAAGGCGAUUUUGGAGAUUGCACAGGCUCAGUAUGUAGCGGAGGAAAAACCCGUCAAACGGUACCGCAUGCAGACCAGCGAAGAAGAGGACGAUGAAGACGACGAAAACUCCACAAAUGACGAGGAUGAGCCGCGAAUCUACGGCCAAAUCGUUGACGAACAAUUCACCAUCGACAACGUCGGCCAGGUCUCGAUGCAGGUCAAGAGUCGUGUCAAGCCGCUGACGAUUCUCAAUUGGGCUUUCCCGACUCUGAAAUCUGAUGAUGGCGAUGACAAGUUCUCUGGCAGUCGCUGUCUUCUAGAGCAUGUCAUCAGCAAUGACGAUCGCAAAGGCUUGAAGUAUUACCAUGACUUAACAGUAUACUUUUCGGACCAGGACAAGGACAAGGACGACGAGGAGAACAAUUUCGUCGCAUUUCCACAGUGGGCAUUCUGGAGCGCAGCUGACCAAGGGCGUCUCGGUAUGCUUGCGGAUAUGAUUCAAUGGGCCGGUGCUGGCCUUCCUCUCGAAGAGCUCGUGAAGAAAACUGGAGUCGAACUGAAGGAGAAGCCCAGGUACUACCAGGGACUGACGGUCUACGGCAAGAAGAGAAAGGACUGGGCUACGGCAGGACGCAAUGUCAUCUCACGCCCCAAGGAUAGCGCAGAAUCUCCGCUUCUUCAUACCGCGCAGAAGGGAUGUAUAGAAUCCGUCGAAUGGUUCUUGAGUGAUGCCCCGCUGAGGAACUAUCUCGAGUUCGGCAAAUCGAAGGUGGCAAAGGAAAAUUUGAGAUUGAAACACCUUAGCCAGUCCCAGGGGGGCUUCGAGAAGGCCGUGACGAGGUGGUUGGGCGCUGAGAACGACCUUGUCAUAUCAGCCGCGACACUUGGCCCCAACGAUGGCACGGCUCUGCGCCUUGUCGAGUAUCUCAUCAAGGCUUACCCGUCAGCUGUCGAAGCUAGAAGCACAGCUGGCAUGACGCCUUUGUUCAUGGCCUGUUGGCUGGGUAGGAUCGACCUUGUGAAGCUUCUAAUUACCCACGGCGCCGAUCAGUCAAGCAAAAACGCGAGCCACGACAAUAUCGUUCAUGCGGCUCUCGCAAAUAACCCAGAGCCCGAGAAGCUUGCUGUCUUUCUCCAAGUAAUUGACCCUGCGCUCUUAGCUCAUCUGCUUCUGGAACGCAGUGGCCUCAAUACCGGCGACGGGCGCACUCCCCUCCACCGCUGGCUUGCAACCCACGUCAAAACAAUCUCGGAGAAGCCAGAGCGCCACAUCAAAGUACUUCAUCUGCUGCUGAAGUACUCCAAGGGUCAGGAGCUCGACACUCUCGAUUCCCGCGGCGACACACCACUUCACACACUCAUCCGUGAGCAAGCCGACCCGACAAUUAUCAGAGAGAUCUUGGACUUCAAUCCAAAUCUCCUCCACCGCGAGAAUGCAGUGGGCCUUACACCUGCCGAGGUUGCCCACGAUGCGUUUGUGCGUGCUUGCACACCGCAGUGGCCCAGGCGGGUAUAUUCAUACUACCAUCACCAAGACCAGUCCAUUGCACAAGUCCUGCUGAACCGGCAGCCGGAGCACUUCGCCCGGGAGGCCAAGCACGGCAAGCCCUCCAAGGAGAUACAAAAAGUGCAGCAGAUCUACGACCUGACCGCCGAGUUCGCGGCGUCUCACCCCGGCAAGAGGCGCCUCGUGAGCCUGCACGAGGCCAACGACGUCGCGAGGCGCAUCGGCGAGACGUACCAGGGGCAGCGCUACGGCUGGACGGGCUUCAGGGAUAGGAAGAUACGGCUGGUGAGGAGGUUUAGGGCCGUGAGUUACAAUGACUUGAAGGAUGACGAGGAGGAUGGGGCCCGAGAGGAGGAGCAGAGUGUUGAUAUUCUGCUGGGCCGCAUGCAUGCCCUGCAGUCAUCUGCCUGGGAGGAGCCCAAGAAGAAUGGGCACGUUGUGGGUUGA